AGGUCGCAGCAGUGGCAAAGGACCGCCUCAGCCUACAAUUUCUUUCGAUGGCAUCUAUGCAAACAUGAGAAUGGUUCACAUACUUACAUCAGUUGUUGGAUCCAAAUGUGAAGUACAGGUGAAAAAUGGUGGUAUAUAUGAAGGAGUUUUUAAAACCUACAGUCCUAAGUGUGAUUUAGUGCUUGAUGCUGCUCAUCGGAAAACUGCAGAAUCCAGUUUGGGCCCAAAGCGUGAAGACAUACUAGAGAGCAUCUUGUUCAAGUCUUCAGAUUUUGUUAUGGUGCAUUUUAAGGAUAUGGAUACCAAUUAUGCGAGAAGAGAUGCUUUUACUGAUUCAGCCAUCAGUGCUAAAGUAAAUGGUGAACACAAGGAAAAGGAUCUUGAACCGUGGGAUGGAGGAGAGACCACCGCUACUGAGGAGCUUGAGGCAUUAGAGACAGAUGUUUCUAAUGGAUGGGAUCCCAAUGACAUGUUUCGUUACAAUGAAGAAAAUUAUGGUGUAGUAUCAACUUAUGACAGCAGUUUAUCUUCUUAUACGGUGCCAUUAGAAAGAGAUAAUUCAGAAGAGUUUUUAAAACGGGAAGCCAGAGCAACUCAAUUAGCAGAGGAAAUUGAAUCAAGUGCCCAAUACAAAGCUCGGGUUGCCUUGGAAAAUGAUGAAAGAACAGAAGAAGAAAAAUACACUGCUGUUCAGAGAAAUGCUAAUGAACGAGAAGGGCAUGGUGUGAACACUAGAGAAAAUAAAUACAUUCCACCUGGACAGAGGAAUAGAGAUGUCCUGUCCUGGGGAAGUGGAAGACAAAACUCACCAAGGAUGGGCCAGUCUGGAUCAGGCCCACCAAUUUCAAGGUCUGGAUCCCAUACUUCAGAAUUCAGUCCUAACUCUGGAGCAGAUCAAAGAGUAGUUAACGGAGGUGUUCCCUGGCCAUCGCCUUGCCCAUCUCCUUCCUCUCGCCCACCUUCUCGCUACCAGUCAGGUCCCAACUCUCUUCCACCUCGGGCAGCCACCCCUACACGGCCGCCCUCCAGGCCCCCCUCGCGGCCCUCCAGGCCCCCGUCUCACCCCUCUGCUCAUGGUUCUCCAGCUCCUGUCUCUACUAUGCCUAAACGCAUGUCUUCAGAAG